UCGCCUCCUAUUGACUUCCCUCCCGCCGAGGGACCAAUCAGCGGCGGCGCGGGGCGGGGCCUGGCCAUAACCAACUCCAGCAAAUAUUCCCAGUCCGCGCUCCCGUCCUCGCAGUUACUUUCCAUCCAGGUUUCGGAGCAUCGCCGAGGCACCGUCCCCUCACGUCUGUCUGCGGCCGUUCAGGGAGCUCGGAUCUGCAGGAUUGAGCCGCAGCAACUUGUGUUUUUUUAUUCUUUUUUAUGGAGGGGGGGCCUUCUUUAUAGUGUGAGAACAUCCAUCCCAGCUCCUUUGAUUUCUCUCAUUCUCAUGUUUGACCAUCUUCUUCAUUUUGACCAUCAGACCUCAUUGUUCAGCCGCUCUCAUUUUUCGGCCGCUGUCACCCACAGUUUGUUGCUCACCUCCUCCUCCACCUCCUCCACCACCAGCAGCUCCACCGGCUCCAGCUGAGAGGGGGGGACAUCUCACCCAUUCCACCACCAGCCAUCAGCGUCCGUGUCUCCGCUGCUGCUGCUCUGGAUUUGUCCGCGCGCUGCUGGACUCUAACGCAGGGGGAUUUAUAUUUUCUGUCCCCAGCGGACAGCGCCACUUUCUUCUCUCUGAGGGAUGUAUUACAGCGGGUCGGGUCUGCGCUCUGAGCUCUGAGCCGGGGGGAGAGUACUAACGCACUGUCUGCUCCGUCAGCUGCCGCCCGUGCGCCUUUUGGUUCCUGCGGCAUCUGGAGAUGCUCUGAUCGGGGCUUCGUGGUCCGUGCGCCGUCCCCUCUCUGGAUCGGGAUUUAAAGUGCAGGUCUCUCCGCGGUCAGCCUCUUCCUGGAGCUGCUUGGCGUCUUAAUUUGUCGCCGAAUCGUGGUUCUGUUGAGACGGGAUUGUGUGCAGCCGAGCCCGGAGACACGCAGGGGGCUUCACCAUGGGGGACUCGAUGUGGAGAUAUUAUUUCGGAGUUUUGUUUAUUGCCUUCAAAGUGGACUUGUGCCGGGCGCUCAUCCUGGAGUCCAUCUACUGGAACACAACAAAUACCAAAUUCGUGCCAGGCCAAGGCGUGGUGUUGUACCCCCAGAUCGGGGAUAAGUUGGACAUUGUGUGCCCCCGCGUGGACGGCGGGGUGGGCGACGGCGUGGAGUAUUACAAGGUGUACAUGGUGCCCAGGGAGCAGCUGGAGAGCUGCACCAUCACCAAGGCCGACACGCCGCUCCUCAACUGCGUCAAGCCCGACCAGGACGUCAAGUUCACCCUCAAGUUUCAGGAGUUCAGCCCCAAUUUAUGGGGCCUGGAGUUCUUCAGGGGGAAAGACUACUACAUCAUCUCUACUUCUAACGGCACCUUGGAGGGCAUCGACAACCAGGAGGGAGGCGUCUGCAAAACCAAGUCCAUGAAGAUUGUCAUGAAAGUGGGACAAAAUCCCUCCGACCCUAUUUCACCCAAAGACAACCCCACCAGAGUACCCUACCCUCCCAAGCACACGGACGGAAAGGACUCUCACAACAAUGACGUGCUGGAGAAAACAGAUUUAGCGCCCAGAGAAAGCAGCGACAACAACAGCAACGGCGGGAAGUCCUCCAGCAUCAUCGGCUCCGACGUGGCCAUCUUCGUCGGCAUCGCCUCGGGCAGCGUCAUCUUCAUCAUCAUCAUCAUCAUGCUGGUCCUGCUGCUGCUCAAGUACCGGCGGCGGCACCGCAAGCACUCGCCGCAGCACGCCGCCACGCUGUCUCUGAGCACCCUGGCCACGCCCAAACGGAGCGGCGGCGGCGGGAACAAUAACGGCUCUGAGCCCAGUGACAUCAUCAUCCCGCUCAGGACUGCUGACAGCGUCUUCUGCCCGCACUACGAGAAGGUCAGCGGCGAUUACGGCCACCCGGUCUACAUAGUUCAGGAGAUGCCGCCUCAGAGUCCGGCUAACAUCUACUACAAAGUCUGAGGCAGAACUUUUUAGGACAAAACACGAGAGACAAACUGGAACGAUCCCCGGGCAGAGCAGGUUUUCGGUGUCGGCUGGCGCUGCCGGCGAACAAACACUCUCGUUCUCUCUCUCUCUCUGUCUCUCUCACUCUUGUCGACUCUUGCUCCUCUUCUCCGAUGUUUCGUCACCAUUUUGUUUCUUUCUCGCUGAUACCUUGCCGUCUGAGUUCGUCGCAGUUUGGCGCCGAUGCGUCGAGCGGAAGGCCAGAGAGACGCCAUGCUGCUGUCACUGCUGCUGCUCUCUGGGGGUUUGUGGGGGAAACAAGAGAGAACGAUCUCUUCUUUCCCGCCGAUGUCACUACCUGUUUUGAGAGAACUUAUGGAAUCAGAAAGUUUAGACAGAUUUUUUUCUUUAGGAUGGACACACGGAUGUAUGGACGUGAAGGUUUCCUGGGACGAGAGGAGGAAAAGGAAUUUUUAACCUCACCUUAAGAGAGACUACUGCUUGGAAAAAAGAGAAGGAAAGAGACAUAAAGACGAGUGAGGAGAGGAAAAAAGGAGAAUAUGGGCUAUCCAUGAACUCACAAAAUGGCCGCCCUGCCGUGAUGCUCAGACUUACCAGAGGAGGGGAGGAAAAAAAAACGGAGAGAGAUUCUCACACCGAUCAUCUCUGGGACUUUCCUGACUGACUCUCGGAGAUCACCCGUUCACCAUCACACGCUCACCAUCACAUGAACACACAUUCACCCACAUGCGCAGACACACACCAGUCGAUGUGAACAGUUUGGGUUUCAGUGUGGAUCGCACCAUUUCUCCUCAUUCCAGAUACGUUCUCCUCAGCUGAUCACCGUCUGUGGUUCACUGAGAACUUGUGAUGUUACUUGAAGGUUUUAAGAACAACAACAAAAAAAAACAGGUUCUUUUUUUUUUUUUUUUGUACUGUCAACAUUUACCUAUCUUUGUUUUUGGUCAUAUCUGGUUUUCAUGUGUGGUUUUCUUUUCCUUUAGUGACAUGUCACGUGUAACGUUCAAACACAACUUACCCAACAGUGGCUAGAGAGUGGAGAGAGCGCGAAAAGAAGGAGUGAAAUUUUUGUUUUUUCUUCUCAGUUUUGCACCCUACUCCACCUGAGAGGGUGCAAACACAUCAGGUCUGCCCAGGUGGCUUCUGGGAAAAGUGGAGGACUUUCAUAAACAUAGAGCAGCACUUUUAACCCCCUCCCCUCCUUAUUUUUUCUUUUUUUGGUGCCUCCACUCUUCACAGCGGCUCACAGAGAGACGCAGUUUUACCUGGGAGAUGGGAGAGCAGCUGUAUCCUGUCAGAUUUAAUAGCGAGAGCUCGCCUCAGCUUUUCUGGAACGUGUUGAAGGGCAACAGAAAAAAAAAAAUCCAAUUCGCCUUACUGCCUUUGUUUUGCAUCAGGUGAAGAAGAGGCUGGAGAUGUAGCUGAGGUUAGUGCAGCUCUAGGUACUGUAGCGUUCACCCCGAGGGGUCCGCUGAUGACUAAGGCCGCCCAAAAUCAACGUGACUGGUGCUCUCCUAUUCUCGUUUAAAAACAAAACAAAAAAACAACAAAAAAAAGCACAGGGACAUCUACUUACAUUUUCACUGUUUCUCAGUCUCCAUUAGCAUUUUCAUAUUGUGAGUUUUUGAUUUUCUUCUUUUUUUGUUACAAAAUAGAUGUACAUUUAAAAAAAAGGACAUUACAAAGAUGAAAAAUGAAAAAAAUGAAUAAAAAGAUUUAUUUAUGAUAGACACAUAGAGCACAGGUGUUGUCAGGCGGCAUGGAGAGAACGAAGGAGGAGAAGAAGUAAUGUUAAUAUAUUAUGGUAUAAGUGCACAGUAUGCAAUCUAAGUUUUUGAUUAUUGAUAUCCCUCGACCCGCUGAAGACCGUGCUCUGCAGAGACAGGAGCUCGGUCCCGGGGGGAAGGAGGACCUGGGACCUGGACCCCCGUCCUCCCUCGUCCUCCCCCGCCCUCCCCCGCCCUGAGGGGAGCAAAGUUAUCUGACCCAAAAUAGCUCACAGUGGUGUACACAAGGGCAGAGUAGCUGUGUCUCCCACACUCCCACUCCGUGUAGCAUCUCCCAAAGGAUAACUCCCAUCAACACCCAGUGCCCCCCCCCCACCACUACCACCACCCAUCUCCUCACACACACCUUUCAUGUUCUCUGUGCAUGUGUGUAUGCGUGUUUUGCGCGUGUUGAGCAAAUCUAUAUUUCAGCGACUAGACAUCCAUUAAUAUCUUUGGCUUGUUUUCACGUGCAUCUAUCAGGCCAUCGUCAACAUCUCCAUUCGUUCAUUAAAGAACAUCAAAUUUCACCGAAAAGCCAAGCCUUGUAUGAUCUGAGGUUUGUGCCUCCGAGAGGCUACAAAAUCUGCAAAUAUGCAAUUCUUAUUUAUUUUUUUAAUCAAUUAUGAGAAAAAAAAAACACCCAUGGAAAGUGUUCUUAACCACUGAAAGAUGUAACGACAAACAAAUGACACAAAACUAGCAAAGUACUUCACACAAGCCUGCUGUUAGUUUUUCUUUCCUGCAUUAUUUUGUAGUAUUAUUUGAACCUUUUUCUGUUUUAACUGUGUGCCGUAGUACAAAGGUAAACUGUGAAAAAUGAAACCAUUAAAAAUCAUAUAUACGUAUAUCACACCUGAACAGGUAUUUAAGAAAAGGUGAAAAGAGACACACUUAUACAACAAAGAAAUGGCUGUUUAGUUGCUGUCUGUCUGCGGCAGAAUAUGACAAUCUUAUUAGUUUCUUUGAAUCUGACGUCCUUUUCUUAGUAGCCACUCGACUAACACUCUCCCGACGUGGACCAGGAUCGGUUCUGUGAGAGUCUUAGCACACGGGGCUAGGAGAAGCACCUCAGGCUACUGUAAAUGCCUUGCUCGUAUGGUCAGCCCUUGGUCACUUGACUCAGUAAUUUUGCACCGUACUUCUGUAGGUAAGAAACUGUAAAUACAUUAAUGUUUGUAUUGUAUAUGGAUCCUGGGUUGUUACAAUAGCCUUAUUCACCUUUUUAGGAAAGUAAAUGGGAAAAAAAAGUACAGAAAAAAACAGAAUACACUUCAGUAAAAACAGAGCAUACUACUUUUUUGGUAAAUAGCUUAUGUAAAUAUUGACCACAACCCAAUAAAAAACAUUUUUUAUAAACUCUUAAAGUAAGAUGUUUUGUAUAAAAUUUGAAUUUUUUGCUAUGUAUUUUAGCUAGCGCGCGAUGGAAAGCCCAUGUCCUCCCCACUCCCUCCCCUUUUGCACUGUUUCCAUGGUAAUUUGGUUUUAAAAAAAAUGAGAGAAAAGUUGCCAAACCGACUGCUGCAUAUUUGUGCCAUAAGUGUGUACCAUAAAUAUUUAUUGAAUUAGUUUCUUUUUUUUUUCUUCUUUGUUCUGUUUAUGAUUUAAUUUCAGUCCAGUUUGUAAGUAACACAGUAUUAUAUUUGCAUUGUUUGUUCGUCUCCCCUGGUUUUCUUUAGUUAUGUCAUGGUUACUGGGUGGCUGUAGCCCUCGUCUCCCCCCUUCCUUGCAGUAUGAGAUGGCCAGGCUGUGAAAAAUGGUUUUAACAUUUAAAAAUUUAAAACAAGUUCAAAGUGAGGAUAAAUGACACACAUUCCACCAGUCUGUUACAAACUGAAAAUGUUUUUCAAUAAAAUGUUUUUCCUAUGGA